AUGUCCUUCUUCUCCCGACUUUCCUCGAAAUCGAAAGACCGCCGCUCCUCUUCAAAAACCGGUCCUUCCAGCGCCGCGCCGACAGAAGACCUCCUUCCUCUCCAACUCCCCUCGUCAUCCCUCCUCACGGACGCUUCGCUCGCCAACCCGCUCCUCCUCUCGACACCGACUCGCAAUCGCUAUGGCGAAGACAGCGACCUCCGUUCGCUGCGGAGCGCCGAAACUUCGCCCUGGGUCGAUGUUGGCGAGACGCCCAGGACGCUGAGGACGCUCGAUGUGAAGGGAAAGCGGGCAAAGGUGCCGGAGUUGUUCGACCCGGUUAGGGAGAAGAAGGAGAAGGUCAGGCUGGAGAAGGCGAGAUUGGGAGUGGCGGAAAUGACGCUUCUGAUGGACGAGUGUGGCUCGGUGAUCAAGCAGCGAGGUCUGACAAUUCUCGGCCUGUUCCGCCCGUUCCGUGCCGCCGAAUCACUCCCUGCCCAACGCAAGCUCUGCCUCCUUUUCCUCGACUACAUGGCCGAGUUCGACGCCGCACCUUCUUCGUCUGACUCGAUUCGCGGGUCCGAGGCGAGCAAGGCGGUUCUUCUGCACGCUUUCAAGGAGGAGUUGCGGUAUGCGAACGUGCACGACGUUGCGGCCGUGCUUAGAUGGGGCCUUCGCCACUUCUCCAGCUCGCCCUCCUUCUCCGGCUCGCCCACGCCCUCUGUCGACUGGUACACUUCCUUCCUCCGUCGCUCGAGCUCGUUCAGCCCUUCGCAUCCACCGCAUUCCUUCUCCGCCUUCCUCCUCCCCUCUCUCCCGCCCGCCUCGCAAGCGCUCCUCCUCUCGACUCUCACGCUCCUCCAAGCAGUCGCCGCCAACGCUCAGCACAACGCCAUGACCGCUCGGCGACUUUGCCGCUCCUUCGGAAUCUACCUGUUCGGCAUGUCGCCCUCGUCCGGCUCCUCGAGCUUCGACGACCUGUACAACGCAUGGCGCGAAGCGGGCGACGCCCUCGAGGGAUGUUUGAAGGCAUUCUUGAGGGAACAGACGGACCUACCGCCUCGGCUGCAGGAGCUGAUCGACGAUUAUCCGGCUUGGGUCGCGGCGAAAAUGAGUGGGUCGAGCGAGGGCGGGAGGAAAGUCAGGGUUGUCAAGGUUGAGGUCGAGUCGAAGGGCGAGUGGAGACAAGUCGGAGAGGCGGAGGUAAAUGACCAGCAGACGGGAUUUGUGGCGAGCGGGAGAGGCGCGGAUGGACCGACGGACAAGCCUGCGAGAAGGAGGCCAGUCGAGAUUCUCCUCGCCGCCAUCGAGGCGGAUCCGCUGGCUGGCGAUGUCGCGACGGACGAGGCAGCGUCGGCUUGGUCGCGCAUCGUCGAACGGGCGAAGAAGGGCGGAGCGGACUCGGGCGCGACUGCGGUGCUCGAAGACGAGGUCAUUCGCGUCCUCGAGCUGCUCAACCUUGACCAGCCCACGACUGCCGACGACGCCGACCCCUUCACUGGAGACGGCUCGCCGCGCCCCCGAGUCCGCUCACUCUUCAGCGACCGCCGCUCCAGCUCGUUCGGCACCUUCUCGAACUUCUCAACCGGCAACCUCCUCGCGCCUUCGCCUUCUCAGCGGACGAUCACGCCGACGUGGAACGACUUCAAGCAGACUGGCUUCGCGGCGACUGAACUCGAUGCUGCGAACGAGUUCGGCCUGUACAACCCCGAGACCGACGGCCGCUUCACCAAGCCUGCUCAACUCCCUCGCAAAGUGGUCGAGCCAGAACACCGCAUCGUCGGCGUCUCGAUCUGCGAAGUCGACGAGGAGUUUCCGGACGUUUGGAUCGACACGCUCGGCGAGUCAACGUCGACGUCCGCGCCGGUCGCGGGAUGGCCCUCGCUCGUCGUCGCGCCUCUUCAGCCCGCCGUCGUCUCACAGGAAGGCGACUCUAAGCGCAUGAUCGAUCACCUCGUCAUCUACGAGAAGCUCCUACCUCCCGCCCAGAAGCCCGCGCCUUUCGCGCCACGCCCUUCUCUCCCUUCGACUGCUUCUCAACCUGGAGUGCACCGCGCCUUCUCGACUGCCUCAAUCCUCGGUCGGCGCGGCCGCAAGUCGGACGUCCUUCCGGCUCCCGCCUCCGCUGCAGAUGGCGAGUCAACGCUUUCGCCCGGUCGCAAGUGGCGCCGCCGUGCGAGCGCGAUCUUCGCGACUGGGUCGUCCGAGGUCGACAAGCCGAAGCGCGAGGGGUCCUCCGGAUCAACCACCAACCUCAACAUGCCCUCGUCACUCUCGACUCUUCUCCCCUCAGCACGCCGCAACCGCAAGUCCUUCAUCGCCGCCGACUUGCCGCCUCCGCUCCCUGCCAUCUCGACCGUUAUACCGCCUUCCGAGCCUUCCGAAAAGUCGCCGACUUCUCCCACGUCACCUUCGAGCAUGUUCCGCUCUUUCUCGCGCAAUCUGAUCAAGAAGCGCUCGAGAUCGUCGCUCUACAGCCUCAGUCGGCAGCGGAGCCCGAUUUCGGAGGAGGGCGAGCCUGUGCCCGUACCGCCUUUGCCGGCGCACUUUGCGGAAGAGGCGAGCGAGGCGGCCGAGUCGGGCGCCGCCGUCGAACCUGAGGCUGAAGGCUACAACGUCGAGCCGGCUUCGACGAGCGCCGUCGCGCACGUCGACGAGGUCUCGUUCGAAGCGAUGCCGCCGGCACCCUCGAACGAGCUUGCGCAGGCUGUCGUCGAGGCGAUGGAGAAUAAUGCGCCAGUCGCCGAACCGACUGCGCCUUCUGAAGACCGUGGGAAGGAGCAGACGAAGGAGGAGUCGCGUGACAAGGCGCUCGAAGGACUGCCAGUCCUCGGCGCACCGGUCGCGACUGUCGAGUUGUCGGAGCCGGCGGCUGAAGACCUUCCGAGUCACGAGCGCGGCGGAGCCGAACCGGUAGGCUCUCCUCUCGUAGACGCACAGGCUUCGGUCGACGAGGCGCCGCCUGCUCCGGUUGAAGCCGCUGCAGCUCAUACCGACGACUAUGCCUCGCCAGCAAACGCCGAGGAGCUCUCGCCGGUAUCCUUCGACGCUACCGGAUCGCCUUCAGCCGAUCAGCCCAAUCCGGUCGCCGAGCAGCCGCCAAACCGGAUCUCGACAGAGGCCGAGCAGCAGCAACAAGGCGCAGAACCGCCUGUCGCGGAACCAGCCCUGAGUGCUGAGGGGCAACACGAGCCUGCGACUCCGGCUUCGCCUCUCGUCACGCUCUCUCCGCCUCCCGAAGAUGCUCUCGAGCCUGCCGAGGCCGAGGUGCCGCUUGAAGCGAGCGAGAACGACGCACCUCUCGGAUUGGGCCUCGUCAACGCGCCCAUCCAAGUGGUCGAACCCGAACCGGCACGAAGCGACAACGCUCCGCCAGCUACGCCGCGCAAGCCAUCGAAUCCACAGCUCGCCUCACCCUCCACCCCCUCGAACUCGGCUCUCUCGCCCGCUUCGCCCUCCUUGACCAACUCGCCCACUCCCUCGACCGGCUCGACGGCAUCUCGCAAGUUCCUCAGCAACGUCGGCGGGUUUCUUCGUCGAAACAAGAGCACGAGCGAGAAGGAGCAGGCGCGACGGGAUAAGGAGGAAGCCAAGCGCGAGAAGGAGGAGAAGAAGGCGCUGCGGCAGCUAAGGGAGGAGGAGCUUCGGAAGGAGAAGAAGGAGCGCAAGAACCCGAUACCGGUUUCGAACGUCAAGGCCAGAGUCAAGGAGAUCGAAGAGGAGCAGGCGGCUGUCGCGGGUGCGGUGUCGCCGAGUCCUACCACGCCGACCCGAGACCGCCACAUUAGCGGUAUCGCCCGCCCGUUGUCAAUGAUCUCGCCUGGCUCGGCCAAUGGAGCAUCGCCAGUGGCUCGCGUUGCCGCCUCGCCGUCUCCCGCCUCGCCCUCGCCUGCCUCGCCUGCGCAGGCUCCUACGUCCCCGACAGCGCCAGAGUCCGUUCCGACUCAACUCUUCGCGUCGCCUGGCCCGUCUUCGAUGUCAACAGCUCAAGUGGAGCAGAAGGCGCAUCCCGCGACAGAAGCGAGCGCUAUCAGCGCACCCGACGACGUCUUUGCCGCAUCCUCCCCGCCGGAGGCCGAUUACGACGCUUCGGCUACGGUCGAGGCGGAGCAGCUCGAGGCGGAAGGCGCCCAUCCCCCACCAGCCAUUCAGGUCGACGCUGCGCCCGAGAUGUCUGCGAUCACCCCGCCCGCCGCCGACGAGGAGGUCAACGGGGCGCUUGCAGCCGAUUUGCGCGAGCCUGUCGAGGAGCACACCCUCGUCUUCGAUAAUAACACGCCUGUCGCGGCGCCUCAGCAGGAGAUGCAGCACCUAAACGUCAAGGUUCCGUCUAGCUUUGCCGAUCUGCCCUCGCCCAUGCCCUCGCCUACACCUUUCUCGGAAACCGACGGUGAACAGCGCCCGCUUGCGGAGGACCUGACGGAGAAGAUCCCUGAGCUUCACCCGCCCGUCUUUGAGCCAACUCGGACCGCGCCCGAGUCUCGCGCCACUCCAACAGCUCCGCAGCCGAUCGAGCCUGCGCAGCUCGACUUCUCUCACGAGUCAGCGGCGCCUCAUCCGGCGUUUGACAUGAGCGACGAGCGUACGCACAACGAGACGCCUGAAGACGAGUCCCCUCGAGAAUCCGCGGCAUCGAGCGCCGCCGAGCGCGAUGUGCGUCCUGCUACGCCUGUUCAACAUCAUCCCCGCGCGGAGACGAUCGCUUCGCCUGCUCAAGAUCCAUCCGCAACGCCCUCCAAGCCUCCCGCCUCCCUCAUUCCGCCUCACGUCGUCCACAACUCCCCCUCUCAGCAGUCACUGGCGACGACAACUUCCUUCGAGACGGCCAACUCUGCCGCGCCAUCGACAAAGCGAGCCUCGCUGGACGAGGUCGCGGUGCGGCCUCCUGAAGCUUAG